AUGGAUGACUGGCGAAGAUAUUUCGGCAUAUUAAAUUCGAUAAAAAAAGAAAAUACGCGAAAAGCAAUAGACAUAAUAGACGAAUUUGGUGUCUCAUCUUGUCCACUGUCGGAUGAUGGGUAUCAACUACUUACUGCUGCCGUUGAAAAAGAUCAAUUAGAAAUGGUGGCAUAUUUAUUGCGGAAAAAUGUAAAAGUUAACAGCGACCAUAAAGUCUUGUCACCUCUUCAGAUAGCCUCCAUGAACAACAACACGACAAUUUUCAAAAUGCUUCUGGAACACGGGGCUAAAAUAAGUGAUAACAAUAUUCAUAACAAUAAAUCACCAAUUAAGUUUGCAGUCGAGCGCAACAAUAUUGAGAUCGUAAGACUUAUCGUUGAGCACAAAAAUUUUGGAAAAAAAUCUGAUAAGUUUUUACUGCAUAUGGCUGUCAGAAAUAACAACUUCGCAAUGGUCUCAUUAUUAUUAGAAAUUGGUGUGGAUGUCAAUGAAUAUGAUGACGACAGAUCAGCACCAAUCCAUCACGCAGUAAAGGCCCAAAACUAUGAUAUUUUGAAAUUAUUAUUAGAUUAUGGGGCAGAUAUUAAUGCUAAAAAUAAAUAUGGAGAGACUCCAGUUUGUUUGGUUCUAAAGCAAUCGGAUAGCGCAUAUUUUUCAAGAUCUGAUUUUUUUGAACUGUCUAUGUUUGGCAAAAUACAGAAUAAAAGAAAAUUGGAUAUUCUCCUUGAUAAUGAUGCAGACAUAAAUAGUCUUGAUAUCCAUAAAUAUCUUCCACCUAUUCCUCAUCGUGUUGGUGGUUAUAGUAUUGAUGAACACAGUAUUUCGAAUCACAAAAAAAGCAUUAUUAAACAUAUUGUAAAAUUAAGAAGUCGAAAUGCACCUCUAUCUGAUAACAUUAACAUGUUCUUGUCUUCCCUUCUUGAAGAAAAACCGGUGGAUGAUUAUAAAAAAAUAUGUGAGCUAGAAAUGUGGGAAAUUAUCACGGAAAAAAUACCUAACUCGGGGCUUUCGCUUCAUAAUAUUUUGAGCAAAAAUAGUCAUGAUUUAGCUGCUUAUGCAAAAAAUAAAGAUCAUGAGACGUUCAUACUUUCUAGUGAUAUUACAGAUCUAUUUCCGAUUUAUGGAUCGGUGAUAAAACUUCGCUUUUCGAAAGGAUUAGUAAGGAAAAAUUUUUUAGAUAAAAGUACUAAAGUUUUUCAUAAUCUUUUUCCGGUUGCAUCUAAAUUGUUGUCUGAUGCCGUCGAUAAUGUAUUUGAAUGUUUAGAUAAUAAGGAUUUAAAACAUUUUUUGCGCGUGUUCGAGCAAGAUAAUUAA